AAACCGUAGAAGAAGAAGAAGAAGAAGCCGGAAGUAGCUGGUCACACAGUGCGCACUACUUCUAACUUGUGUUCGGCGGUUCGUCAUCUAGAAAGUUCUCGCAACUCAUUCCGCUGAACGAGAAAACCGAGGCGCAAAUAAACCCAGUUUAUUUAAACGCCGAGAGGAGGAAAAAACAAUAAAAAUGUCCGUUAUUUCGGAGGAAGACGUGCGAGGUGAGAACCUGUUCAAGGAUAUUAACGCCGAAGACGACGACUGGCAGCCCACGGAGAUCGAGAGCAUGUGUAUGAACUGCCACCUGAACGGCGUGACGCGUUUACUUCUCACCAAAAUACCCUUCUUCAAAGAAGUCAUCGUCAGCUCUUUCAACUGCACCCACUGCAACUGGUCCAACACCGAGAUCCAGUCCGCGGGCCGGAUACAGGACGAGGGCGUCUGCUACACCCUCAAAGUCAAAACAAAGCUGGACUUGAACCGGGAGGUCGUGAAAGCGGACAGCGCGACCACCAGGAUCCCCGAGCUGGAUUUCGAGAUCCCUCCCUUCACCCAGAAAGGCGCCCUCUCCACCAUCGAGGGUCUCCUGGACAGGGCGGUCGAGGGGCUGGAGCAGGAGCAGCCCGCCCGGCUGGAGGCCGACCCCGAGGUGGCCGAGAAGAUAGGCGUCUUCAUCCGGAAGCUGAGGAAGCUGAAGGAGGUCGAGAAGGAGUUCACGCUGGUGAUCGAGGAUCCGUCCGGCAACAGCUUCGUGGAGAACCCCGCGGCCCCUCAGAAAGACGAGGCCCUCGUGGUGUCCCAUUUCAAGAGGACGGUCCAGCAGGACGCGCAGCUGGGGCUGAGGGCGGAUGACGACCUGGGCGAGGAGGAGGGGGAGGAGGAGCCGACCGGCAACGACUUGGACACCAUGAGAGGCGAGGUCCUGGCCUUCAACACCAACUGCCCCGAGUGCAACGCGCCGGCCUCCACCAACAUGAAGCUCGUCCAGAUCCCCCACUUCAAGGAGGUCAUCAUCAUGGCCACCAACUGCGACGCCUGCGGCCAUCGGACCAACGAGGUGAAAUCCGGCGGGGCCACGGAGGACCUGGGCACCAAGAUCACGCUGCACGUCACCGACGUGUCCGACAUGACGCGGGACUUGCUCAAGUCCGAGACGUGCAACGUCGCCAUCCCGGAGCUGGAGUUUGAGCUGGGGAUGGGGGCCGUGUGUGGGAAGUUCACCACCCUGGAGGGGCUGCUGAACGACGUCAAGGACCUGAUCGUCUCCAAAAACCCCUUCAUCUGCGGCGACAGCGGCGUCUCCAAACGGGUGGAGAAGCUGCGCGCGUUCGGGGUGCAGAUCGACCGGAUUAUAGCCGGAGAAAUGGACGCCCACGUCGUCCUGGACGACCCGGCGGGGAACAGCUACGUGCAGAACGUGUACGCCCCGGAUCCGGAUCCCGAGAUCACCAUUGAGAAGUACACCCGCACGUUUGAGCAGAACGAAGACCUGGGCCUGAACGACAUGAAGACCGAUGGAUACCAAGAGGAAAAAGCAACUACCAGCACCUCCUUAAAAGACUGAAUGAGUUAAUGUCAAGUCAAAACAACCCCAGUGUAAAUUACACCGCGUCAUAUUUUCAUCCAGUUUCAUCUAUUUUAAGUUGGGUUGACUGGUGGUUUCCAUCAGUUUAUCAAUCGGCAUAAGGAAAUGUAAAAUGUACAGUAAAAAUAAACAAGUUAUUUGUAAAAGGAACAGAUGCUGCUGUUAUUAAAGGUGCAACCUUCA